AUGGGAUCCCUCGCCAUCGAAACGGCCAGCGGCUUCAUCCCCCCAAAUACCCAGCGCGCCAUCAUCGCCGAGACUGGCGACCACAUCUGCAUCCGCGAGGACACCCCCUUGGCACCGCUCCAAAGCCACGAAUUCCUUGUGCACACCGAAGCCCUGUCUCUCAACCCCAGCGACACCAAGAUGCGGGGCGCCUUCGUGACGCCAGGCGCCAUGCUCGGCGCGGACUACGCGGGCACGGUGGUGGCGCGCGGAGCCGCCGUCACAGCCGUCGAGAUCGGCGACCGCGUGUGCGGCGCCCAGUAUGAGAUGAACGCCAAACGACCCUUCCGUGCCGCAUUCGGGGAGUACAACAUCCCCACCGGCCCGUUCUGGUUGAAGCUGCCUCCCUCUAUCACCACUGAAGGCGGCGCCACGAUGAGUGCGGCUAUUGGAACUGCAGGACUUGCUUUGAAUCGUCUGGGCCUGCCGCUUCCUGAUGCCCCCGUGCCGAAGCCCGCAUAUGUUCUCGUGUACGGCGGCGGGACUGCGACGGCGACGAUUGCCAUUCAGUUGCUCAAACUUAUCAACAUGAUUCCAAUCACGGCAUGCUCGCCCGUGCACAACGACCGGCUGAAAUCUUACGGCGUGGAAGCGACCUUUGACUACCAUGAGCAAGACUGUGCAAACAAGAUUAAAUCCUACACCCGCAACAACCUCCGGUACGCGCUUGACUGCAUCACGACGGUCGAAUCUACGGCCCUGUGCUUCGCGGCCAUCGGGCGAGCGGGUGGUAAAUACGUCUCGCUGGACCCAUUCGAUUCCAGUGUGGCUGCACGCCGCGCCGUCGUCAAGACGGACUGGGUCCUGGGCCCCUGUCUCUUCGGCGAAGGGUGUGUUUGGCCGGCGCCCUACGCACGCCCGCCCAGCGAGCAGGAUCUGGAGUUGGGGGAGCGUUUGUGGGCCAUUGCACAGGGGCUCCUGGACGAAGGACGUUUGGUACAUCACCCGGUCCGGAUACUGAAGGGCGGACUGGAACAGGUGUUGGAGGGCAUGGAGAUGGUCAGGAAAGGGGAGCUUAAGGGGGAAAAGUGUGUUGUGAGGCUCACUCAGUGA